AUGAACACCAUCGUACCCGAUAUUCUAAAACAGGGAGCACAAGAGGACAAGGGAGAAAUCGCGAGGUUGCAAUAUUUCGUUGGUGCAAUUGCUGUUGGAGAUUUAGUGAAAAGCACUCUAGGGCCACGUGGAUUGGAUAAAAUAUUAACUCCAUUAAAUAUAGAAGGAGCGAGAAGUCAUCAACAUACAGUGACAAAUGAUGGAGCCACGAUACUUAAAUCAGUUUGGUUGGAUAACCCAGUUUCUAAAAUAUUAGUAGAUGUAAGUAUGCAACAGGAUAAUAAAUGUGGAGAUGGAACAACAGGUGUGGUAGUGUUAGCUGCUGAGAUGUUAAGAAAUGCUGAGAUAUUGAUUGAAAAUAAAAUUCAUCCCCAAAUUAUUUGUGAUGGAUUUCGUAUGGCAUUACAAGCAGCAAGAGAUGCUUUAGAAAGAUCGUGUUUUAGUCAUGAUAUGAAUUCUGAUUUGUUUAAAGAGGAUAUGCUUAAGAUUGCAAGAACAACAUUGUCAUCUAAAUUGUUGACUCAUGAAAAGGAGCAUUUUUCUAAUUUAGCUGUAAAUGCAAUAUUAAGAAUAAAAGAAAAUUUGAAUUUAGAUUUGAUUCAGAUUAUUAAAAAAACAGGAGGGACUAUAAAAGAUUCUUAUUUAGAAGAUGGUUUCAUAUUGGAGAAAAAAAUUGGAAUAAAUCAGCCGAAAAGUUUAACAAAAUGUAAUGUUAUGAUAGCUAAUACUCCUAUGGAUACGGAUAAAAUAAAAAUAUAUGGAACCAAGGUAAAUGUAAACAGUUUCGAAGAUAUACAAGAUUUAGAAAAUGAAGAAAAAUUAAAAAUGAAAAAAAAGGUAGAAAAUAUUAUCGCACAUGGAUGUAAUGUUUUUAUUAACAGACAAUUAAUUUAUAAUUAUCCUGAACAAAUUUUUCGAGAAAAUAAUGUUAUGACUAUUGAACACAGUGAUUUUGAUGGAAUGGAAAGAUUAGCUAGCUGUUUAGGAGCAGAAAUUGCAUCUACUUUUGAAAAAGAUUUAAAUAUUCAACUAGGCUAUUGUGAAAAAAUUGAAGAAGUUAUCAUAGGAGAGGACAAAUUAAUUCGUUUCUCAGGUUGUAAAAAAAAUGGUGCAUGUACAAUUAUACUCAGAGGUGCAUCAACUCAUAUUCUGGAAGAAAGUGAAAGAUCAUUACAUGAUGCAUUAGCUGUUCUGGCUGAAACCAUGAAAGAUAAUAGAGUUGUUCUCGGUGCUGGAUGUGCUGAAAUGCUUAUGAGUAAUGCUGUUGAUAAUUUAGCAAGAACAGUUGAAGGGAAGAGGAGUUUAGCCAUUGAAGCAUUUGCGAAGGCCUUGCGACAAAUACCAACUUAUAUAUUGGAUAAUGGAGGAUUUGACAGCUCAGAAAUUGUAAGCAAAAUUAGAGCUCAUCACACCAAAGGAAACACAUACGCAGGAAUCGAUAUUAACAAUGGAGAUGUGGGAAAUGUAAUGGAGUUGGGUAUCUACGAAUCUUACAAUUCUAAGUUAUCUCAGCUCACAUCUGCGACUGAGGCAGUGGAGAUGAUUCUUAGAGUGGAUGACAUAAUUAAGUGUGCUCCUAGAAAGAGGAGCGGCAUCUAG